CCGCAGGCAGGAAGUGAGGGGGGUCUGACGUCGCGCCGUCGGGCGAGGAGCCGCCGCCGCCGCCUCUGCAGCCGCACGACGGUGUCGGGCCUGGGCGACAUGGAGAGCGCCAGCCAGGAUAUCAACCUUAACUCUCCCAACAAAGGUCUGCUGUCUGAUACGAUGACCGACGUGCCUGUGGACAACGCGAGUGCUGCUGCUUCUGCCCCCCCUCCAAGGACCUCGGCCUACAAUGGGCUCACUGAAGCUGAGGAAGAGGAACUAAGGUCUGAGCUGGCCAAGGUGGAGGACGAGAUUGGCACCCUGCGACAGGUAUUGGCUGCUAAAGAGAGACACUGUGGAGAACUGAAGAGGAAAUUGGGGUUGACCCCCUUGGAUGGCCUGAAGCAAAACCUCUCAAAAAGCUGGCAUGACGUCCAGGUUUCCAAUGCUUAUGUGAAAACCUCUGAGAAACUUGGGGAGUGGAACGAGAAAGUGACGCAGUCGGAGUUAUAUGUUUCGGCCAGCAGCACUCUGGAGGACUGGAAUGAGAAAUUAACCCAAUCAGAAGCCUACAAGAAGACACAGGAAACGCUGUCGCAGGCAGGCCAGAAGACCUCAGCUGCCCUUUCCAAUGUGGGUUCUGUGAUCAGCCGGAAGCUUGGAGAUAUGAGAAACUCUGCAACCUUCAAGUCUUUUGAAGAUCGGGUUGGAACCAUAAAGUCCAAAGUGGUGGGCGGCAGGGAUAACGGCACCGGUGAGCUGCACUCCCCGUCGGCGUCCGGCGACAAGCCCCUGCAGGACGGCGCGCCCUUCUAGGUCUGCGGCACCGCAGCACUCGGCUUGCAGAACCCUGCCCCUGUCCUUUCCAACACGCGAGACAGAAGACAAGGACGGGGGCCUCGCCCCCACUCUGAAGAGAGAGAUCCAUCCAUCAUAACGUAGACAUUUUUUUGCUGCUGGAUUCUUCAGGUCCAAUAAAGUCAACGCACCGUUUUUUGGUAUACUUCUAUAUUUUACACUAAAGGUUUCUAGAUGGAACACAUUGGUGCGCUUCCGUUUUGGGAGAUGCACCGGCAACGGGGAUCCUGCAAUGUUGGCCUCAGCUGCCCUUUCUGGCAUCACUCCUCUCCUUCGCCUCCCCUCCCCUCCCCUCCCCUCCCCGUCCACGUGCAGACAACACUUCAUGUCUUUAUGGAAUAUGGGAAGUAAGUCACAGGAUGCACUGGCUGCACAUGGGACCCCAAGUGCCAAUUUGGGGCUCCCCCUCCCAUCCUAUGCCGCCUGCUGGCUCUCCAGCUGCCACGGCUCCCUGUGCGAUUGGAGCAGCCAGGAGGGCAUUCUUAAUUUUCUGUCUCCAUCAAGAUAUAUAACCAAAUGUGCAUGGAGGGGUUAGAGAUGCUUCCUCCCGUUCUUCAGGGCUCCCAGCGAGGAACCUCAUAUUUAGCAACUGCCUAGCUUGCUACACUGAUUCUCUAGCUUUAAUGAAUCUCAGAAUCUUUAUUUUUUUGGAAUGCAGUGGACUUCACGACAUAGCUAGCUUUUAGCAUCGUCAUUUAGAGGCAAUGUACCUUUUGGAUGCGGAAGCUGAAACACAGGGCCUUACAUCCCCACCUGCUUUACUCGUUUAUAGCCUUUUUAUAUCUCAGAAGUGUGGACGAUUUUGGGGAGGGGGCUGGGGGUCACGAGUGGUCGAAGCACUGGGGUUCAGCAUAUGACGUUAGUGACUGCAUGCGGAUGUGCCGAGUCUUGUGUUCCUUUCAGUGGCACGUGACUGCACAUGUUUGCUUGUGUGCUCUCUUUCUCAGUUGUGUAGAACUUGCUUCUCUGCCCGCAGGUGUCAGCCGCUAGGAGCUUCUGGCAGUAGCUGGCCCCUGCAUCCAUUCUGGGAAGAACUUGCGUAUCAGGGACAGCCCUCGUCCUGGAGGCGUGCCUCUCUCUUUUCUGCUUGGACUAGCUCUUCCUUCUGUGCGCUGAAGGUGGUGACAAGACGCCCACCUUCCGUGCUUCUUUACCCGUUAGUCUGUGUUGUGUCUUCCAGGUUUCUCUCAAUUCUGCUUUUGUACUUAGGGAGCUGAGAAACGGUUCUCACCCUUUUCGCUCCCAGGCAGAGGUGCCUGCUCACUUAUCAAAACUUUUCUGUGCCUUAACGGCUCAGGGGGACAUAAGCACCCCAGACACAUAUCGAGAAAACCAAGUGCUUCAUGGCAUCGGCACCCCAGAAGCCUUCAGGCUGCAUUUCUUGGCCUCCACUUGCCAGCCCUCUUGAGAAGCAAGUUUUGACACAUGCCGUGUGUACUGCUCUCCCCGUGUCCUGUUUUGCUGACGAUUGACUGCCAUACUCUGAACCUGGCGCACUAGAUGUAGAGAAUCUGCAGGGUGCGAGUGUGUCAUUUGCUGGAAUUUGGAGCAGGGCUAGGGUCCUUGGGACAGGGAGCUGUUGGAAGAGAUGGGGCUGUUUCUCCUGUACAGGUGACCAUUUGGGGAAGACUUUGUCAAUAAAAUAAUUCAUUUUUGAAAAGCAAA